CCCACGCACUCUCCUCGUCUCCUCCAAAGCAGGGAACGGAGGCGAGGGCGCGCGGCGCUGCCGGCUAACCGAACCGUCUCGAAGGGGGAGCGGCUGUAUCCAUCCACCCCCUUGCGGUUCUCGGGAGUUGCAGAUAGGUCCCUUGGGUAGUGUGAAGAGUUUGGUCUUUUUUUACAGGCGGGUCCCUCGGCAUCGCCGGAGAUGCUGCCCUACGCGACGGCGGCCGAGGCGGAGGCGGCGCUGGGCCGGGCCAUGACGCCGGCGGAGGCGCUGUGGUUCCGGUACACGGCCGCGGUGCCGGAUUACCACCUCUACUGCUGCAACAUUCUCUUCCUUUUCGUCGUCUUCACGCUCGCGCCGCUCCCCAUCGCGCUGCUCGAGCUCGGGGCCCCCGCCGCCGUCUCGCCGUACAAGCUGCAGCCCAGGGUGCGGCUCUCGAAGGCGGAGUUCGUCCGGUGCUACAAGGAUGUCCUGCGCAUCUUCUUCCUCGUCAUCGGCCCGCUCCAGCUCGUCUCCUACCCCGCCGUCAAGAUGGUAGGAAUCCACACGGGGCUGCCGCUGCCAUCGCUGGGGGAGAUGGCGGCACAGCUGCUGGUGUACUUCUUGGUUGAGGACUACCUCAACUACUGGAUCCACCGGCUGCUCCAUGGGGAGUGGGGGUACCAGAAGAUCCACCGCGUCCACCAUGAGUUCACAGCGCCCAUUGGCUUUGCGGCGCCAUACGCACACUGGGCUGAGGUGCUCAUACUUGGCAUCCCCUCCUUUGUCGGGCCAGCCAUUGCCCCUGGCCACAUGAUCACAUUCUGGCUCUGGAUUGUACUUCGACAGGUGGAGGCCAUCGAGACGCACAGCGGUUUUGAUUUCCCAUUCAGCCUGACAAAGUAUAUUCCAUUUUAUGGAGGAGCAGAAUACCAUGACUAUCAUCACUACGUAGGAGGCCAGAGCCAAAGCAAUUUUGCUUCUGUUUUCACAUACUGCGAUUAUCUUUAUGGGACUGAUAGAGGUUACAGAUUCCAUAAGGCUUACCUAGCAAAGUUGAAUGACCUGGGGCAAAAUGGAGAGAGAGGAGAUGGCAACGGGUUCAGCUACGCGAAGUUGGAUUAGAUUACUCUGUGCAGCGCAUGCUAAAUGUGUCCAUAAUUGAUCAAGUUCGUCAUGGCAUCACGAGAAGGGAGAUCUGUCGAGUUGGGCAUGUGUUUCUGCUUUCUCAAACAGGCAAAAAGUGUUCAGCUGUGCCGCCUUCUGUUUCGAGCGUUGUUGAAUUUUCAAUGGAACUUGUACGCUGACCAAUAACACUGCUACUCUCAGGUAGCCUUUCAGUGA